AGAGAGAAGAGGAGAGACGACUACAGCAAAACAAACGAAUAUGUUAAAUUGGUUUGUUUGAAUGUUAAAUUUGUGUAGGAAGGUUUCUAGAGAGACGUAGAAAGUUCAACAACAAAAUAUUUUGCUAUUCUGGCAUCUGUGACAUAGAAAAACGUAACCAAUCAAUCGUCUAGUCUAGUGAUAUUAACAUUUAUCCUGUGCUAGGUUAAAAAUAGAGGUUAGGUUAGGUGCAAUUUUUAUUCGUUUGUCUCUUCUUAGUCCUAAUUGCUGAAACCAUGGAGGACUUAAUGAAAAUUGAUUUGUAUGAAUUAUUGAAUAUACUACCUUCUGCUACUAUUGAAGAGGUGAAGAAAGCUUAUCGAAAGAGUGCCCUGAAAUGCCAUCCUGAUAAAAAUCCUGACAAUCCAAAAGCAGCAGAACUUUUUCAUCAGCUGUCUAGAGCAUUGGAAGUGCUUACCGAUGCUUCAGCGAGGGCUGCCUACGAUAAGGUUUUGAACGCUAAAAAAGCUGCAGUAAUCCGCAAUAAAGAACUCGAUUCAAGAAGAAAAAAGUUAAAGGAAGAUUUAGAAGCUAGAGAACGCCAGGCUGACUUUAAUAGAAAGAAAGAAAAAAGUGCUGAAGAAAAACUAAAGACGGAGAUUGAGAGGCUGAGAAAGGAAGGCUCCAAGCAGUUGGAGGAAGAGAUAGAGUUGGUCCGACAAGAGGUGCAGAAAGAAAAGUUUGGUUCCGGCUCGGCUCAAGCAGAUACUUCCUUGUAUAGGCUCAAACUGACAUGGACAAAUCAUGAAUCUUAUAACCACGAUAACCUACAAAAAAUAUUCUCUAAGUAUGGAGAAAUAUCGGCUCUGGUAGUGUCCAAUAAGAAAAAAGGAUCUGCCUUGCUCGAGUUUGCCUCAACGGAUGCAGCUGUGAAGGCGCAACAGUUGGAGAAAGGCUUCAUGUCAGAUCCGCUGACAGUGAGUUGGCUCGGCACUCCUCCCCCCUCCACAAACACCACCUCCGCUAGUCAAGGGAGGGAGAGACCUACAGCUGCUUGUACUGCGGGUAACACCGUGUUCCCCUCGGUGUCUAGCCCUGCACAACGGACGUUCCUCUGCUUUGUACCUGGGCCAGACAUCUUCACAAAGAAAAGACAAGAUAAGCUGUAUGAAGAUUUUGAAGCAUCGGUUUUAGCACGUAUGAAACAAGCGCAAGAAGAGAAAAGAGCAGCUGAAAAAACAAAGGAAAAUGGCAACAGCUGACAAUAGUUGAUUUUAGUUUGAAUGUAAAUAUGUGUAAACUUUUGUACUAAACAGUUUUAAGUUGUAAAUAUAGUUAUUACACUGUUAA